AGGACAACCCCUGGACAGGACACCCCCUGGACAGGACACCCCCUGGACAGGACACGGACCUGUUAACAGCCCAUAAUGUAAAGGAUGUAGCCUAGGUAACAGUGGUGACCUGUUAACAGCCCAUAAUGUAAAGGAUGUAGCCUAGGUAACAGUGGUGACCUGUUAACAGCCCAUAAUGUAAAGGAUGUAGCCUAGGUAACAGUGGUGACCUGUUAACAGCCCAUAAUGUAAAGGAUGUAGCCUAGGUAACAGUGGUGACCUGUUAACAGCCCAUAAUGUAAAGGAUGUAGCCUAGGUAACAGUGGUGACCUGUUAACAGCCCAUAAUGUAAAGGAUGUAGCCUAGGUAACAGUGGUGACCUGUUAACAGACCAUAAUGUAAAGGAUGUAGCCUAGGUAACAGUGGUGACCUGUUAACAGCCCAUAAUGUAAAGGAUGUAGCCUAGGUAACAGUGGUGACCUGUUAACAGCCCAUAAUGUAAAGGAUGUAGCCUAGGUAACAGUGGUGACCUGUUAACAGCCCAUAAUGUAAAGGAUGUAGCCUAGGUAACAGUGGUGACCUGUUAACAGCCCAUAAUGUAAAGGAUGUAGCCUAGGUAACCGUGGUGACCUGUUAACAGCCCAUAAUGUAAAGGAUGUAGCCUAGGUAACAGUGGUGACCUGUUAACAGCCCAUAAUGUAAAGGAUGUAGCCUAGGUAACAGUGGUGACCUGUUAACAGCCCAUAAUGUAAAGGAUGUAGCCUAGGUAACAGUGGUGACCUGUUAACAGCCCAUAAUGUAAAGGAUGUAGCCUAGGUAACAGUGGUGACCUGUUAACAGCCCAUAAUGUAAAGGAUGUAGCCUAGGUAACAGUGGUGACCUGUUAACAGCCCAUAAUGUAAAGGAUGUAGCCUAGGUAACCGUGGUGACCUGUUAACAGCCCAUAAUGUAAAGGAUGUAGCCUAGGUAACAGUGGUGACCUGUUAACAGCCCAUAAUGUAAAGGAUGUAGCCUAGGUAACAGUGGUGACCUGUUAACAGCCCAUAAUGUAAAGGAUGUAGCCUAGGUAACAGUGGUGACCUGUUAACAGCCCAUAAUGUAAAGGAUGUAGCCUAGGUAACAGUGGUGACCUGUUAACAGCCCAUAAUGUAAAGGAUGUAGCCUAGGUAACCGUGGUGACCUGUUAACAGCCCAUAAUGUAAAGGAUGUAGCCUAGGUAACAGUGGUGACCUGUUAACAGCCCAUAAUGUAAAGGAUGUAGCCUAGGUAACAGUGGUGACCUGUUAACAGCCCAUAAUGUAAAGGAUGUAGCCUAGGUAACAGUGGUGACCUGUUAACAGCCCAUAAUGUAAAGGAUGUAGCCUAGGUAACCGUGGUGACCUGUUAACAGACCAUAAUGUAAAGGAUGUAGCCUAGGUAACCGUGGUGACCUGUUAACAGCCCAUAAUGUAAAGGAUGUAGCCUAGGUAACAGUGGUGACCUGUUAACAGCCCAUAAUGUAAAGGAUGUAGCCUAGGUAACAGUGGUGACCUGUUAACAGCCCAUAAUGUAAAGGAUGUAGCCUAGGUAACAGUGGUGACCUGUUAACAGCCCAUAAUGUAAAGGAUGUAGCCUAGGUAACAGUGGUGACCUGUUAACAGCCCAUAAUGUAAAGGAUGUAGCCUAGGUAACAGUGGUGACCUGUUAACAGCCCAUAAUGUAAAGGAUGUAGCCUAGGUAACAGUGGUGACCUGUUAACAGCCCAUAAUGUAAAGGAUGUAGCCUAGGUAACAGUGGUGACCUGUUAACAGCCCAUAAUGUAAAGGAUGUAGCCUAGGUAACAGUGGUGACCUGUUAACAGACCAUAAUGUAAAGGAUGUAGCCCAGGUAACAGUGGUGACCUGUUAACAGCCCAUAAUGUAAAGGAUGUAGCCUAGGUAACAGUGGUGACCUGUUAACAGACCAUAAUGUAAAGGAUGUAGCCUAGGUAACAGUGGUGACCUGUUAACAGCCCAUAAUGUAAAGGAUGUAGCCUAGGUAACAGUGGUGACCUGUUAACAGCCCAUAAUGUAAAGGAUGUAGCCUAGGUAACAGUGGUGACCUGUUAACAGCCCAUAAUGUAAAGGAUGUAGCCUAGGUAACAGUGGUGACCUGUUAACAGCCCAUAAUGUAAAGGAUGUAGCCUAGGUAACAGUGGUGACCUGUUAACAGCCCAUAAUGUAAAGGAUGUAGCCUAGGUAACAGUGGUGACCUGUUAACAGACCAUAAUGUAAAGGAUGUAGCCUAGGUAACAGUGGUGACCUGUUAACAGCCCAUAAUGUAAAGGAUGUAGCCUAGGUAACAGUGGUGACCUGUUAACAGCCCAUAAUGUAAAGGAUGUAGCCUAGGUAACAGUGGUGACCUGUUAACAGCCCAUAAUGUAAAGGAUGUAGCCUAGGUAACAGUGGUGACCUGUUAACAGCCCAUAAUGUAAAGGAUGUAGCCUAGGUAACCGUGGUGAAGGGGCGUGUCGUGUCGUCUAGGGGUUCCCCGUCUCCAGGGGUAACCAGCAGAAUGUGUGACAUCACAGCGUUCCUGUUUAUAAUGGAAGCUCUUGCUCGGGUCACAGCCAGACUCAUCCUGACUCUACAGGAUGAAGAAGAGAACCUAAAAGACAACUUUAAUACAACUUUAAAGCAACCUAAAAGACAACUUUAAUACAACUUUAAAGCAACCUAAAAGACAACUUUAAUACAACUUUUAGUUAACAAUAACUGGUUUGAUUACAACUCGAAGAGACAAGGAAUUGUUUUUCCUACAGAUUCCACUCCAUAUUAUUAUUAUUUACACUCCUGAAGAACAAUAUUAUUUAUUAUUUUGAACUUUUUUUUUUUUUUUUUAAAUAUUUUUCUUCUCAAACAAAGAUGGCUGCUUCAUCUUCUCCUUCCACCCAUACCCUUCUUCUCUUCCUCAUCCUCCUCUCCUCUCCGUCACUGAGCGUGGAGUCUCGACUCUCGUCCCAACCCUCACCUCGGAAACACGACACACAGGUACUAGAUAAUCUCUUCAGCGCUCAGCUCCGCUCUCUGAUCCUCAACCAACCAGACAUCACCUCCGAAGGUUCCACUUCUGGCCCCUCCCAUUCCUACCAUCAUCCCUCCCAGGGAUUGGCUGGUCGCGGUAUGGGGGCGGGUCCUGUGGUCCCCAGGUUGUUCCUGGACUUCCUGCGCCAACAGAGGAUGUUCCGUGGGCGGAGCAGGAAGAGCGCCACCGCCAGGGGAUGCUUCGGCAUGAAGGUGGACCGCAUCGGAUCCAUCAGCGGUCUGGGAUGCUGAUUGGACAACCGCCAGCGGCCUUGUGUUCUGAUUGGCUAUCUUUCACCCUACGGACGGAUGGAUGGAACAUUGCCACCCCUUGAUAUCUAACCCCUGAACUAUGACCCUGUGUGACUGUAAAGGUCAUCUCCCCAAACCCCACGUGACCUCUAGGUGUUCGGAGGAUUCCAUGUGAGAGCUGUUACUAAUGACCUUUGACCUCUAACCCCUGGCUCUGUUACAGCCAGUACAACUAACCUGUGGUGUGGGUGUGUAUAAUGUGGGUGUGUGUGUGUGUGUGUGUAUAAUGUGUGUGUGUGUGUGUGUGUGUGUG